AUGCUUACUCUUCCUUCUCUCCUCUUGUUUGCUUCCUCCGCCGCUGCCUUCCCAUGGGUAGCUGGCAGUCCCGGUGUCGACUCGUCCCUAUUCAGAGAGGCACGUGAAGCACGCGCUGUCACACAGAAGAGGCAGGCUGCCUGCCCAUUCAACGCCAAUCACCAACCCGCAGCGCCUUACACGGCACCCUACACCUACGUGGGCGCCAAGAAUGGUCGGCCAGGAACAGGGAAGGGUGGCAUCAAAGUACCCGCUGACGGUGAUACCGCACAUCGUUUCGUACCCCCAGGCCCCAAAGACAUUCGUGGCCCAUGUCCUGGUCUCAACGCAGCAGCAAACCACAACUUCCUUGCCCACGAUGGAGUCGUGACCUUCACUGAGCUUGUCGACGCGCAGCAGAAUGUCUACAACGUCGGCUACGACCUCGCCGUUCUCCUCGCCGUGCUCGGUAUUGAGGCUGGCGGCGACGUCGUCACUGGCAAGUUGAGCAUUGGCUGUGAUGCCACUUCACGCACCGCUCUGCUACCCAUUCUCGGCAGACAGCCUGGUCUAAACACACGUCUCAAGUUCGAAGCUGACAGUUCGUUGACCCGGGACGACUACUUCCUCAACAACGGCGACAACUACAGCUUCAACGGCACCCUCUUCGCCUCGAUGAAGAGCGUCGCCGACCGCGUCUCUGGCGGCAAGUUUGACUUGAAUGCCCUCGCCGCAUACCGCAGCCAGCGGUACGACGAGUCCGUAGCGACCAACGACAACUUCUUCUUCGGCCCCUUGUCCGUGCUUCUCUACGGAGCCGCCUCCUUUUUGUACGAGCUGUUCCCCAGCUACGGUCCCGAGGGCGUCGCCGAUCUGGCCACCAUGAAGAGCUUCUUCGGUGCAGUCGAAGACUUGUCUGCCCCAGGCGGCUGGCGCCAUGUCGCCGAGCAGAUUCCCUCCAACUGGUUCAAUCGCCGGUCCCCCUACUCGCACGUCAACGUCACCACCCAGACCCUAGCCAUGUAUGCGCAAUAUCCCAAGCUCUUUGGUGGAAACGUUGGCAAGAAGAACUUCAAUGCCCUUCCCGGCGCUAUCGGCAUCCUUGCUGAUGGCAAGCUCCCUACCGAAGCGACUGAGUCUGACCUCUUGUGUCUGCUGUAUCAGCUUGGUACCGGUGUCGUUCCUGCUAGCUUGAGCACCGUCACUGAUAUCACGGGUUCCCUCUUGAACUUUGGCGUCGCCAAGUUGAAUCCCGUCUUUAGGAAUGUCGGAUGUGCGCUCAAGCCCGAUCAGACGUUUCCCGGGAAUUAG